AUGAACCCAACUUAUCGUUCUCCAAACUCUCCGGGCCGGUCCCAACGAGCCCCCGCCCCAGUCUAUCGUCAUCACCCCCAGCCUCCAGUCUCCGACGACGAAGACGACGAUUCAGAAGAUGAUGAAUUGACUCGUCCUGGAUCCUCCGGUAGUGAUGCCUCCUCCAAUGUGACAACUGUAUCCGCUGCCCCGAUCACCCCGAUCAAUCCACCCACCGGUGGUGGUUAUUUCUCUCCUCACCGAUCCUCCUCAUCAACCACGUCGCCCCAGCACGCCGCACGAAUGCCGCAAGAACGUCGGCCGUCGGGGCGAGGCCCCUCGACCGAACUGUCACGCCACAGAUCUCGACAUCAUUCACAAGGCUUCUUUGAGCCCUCAUUACCUACCGCAUCGUCCGAUCAGCUGCCGCCGGUUUCGGCUUCUCGUAUCGCCGCCCAGGCUGCCAUGCAGCAAUUAAAACGCACGGACGACAUACGACGAAGUGGCAGUUCCUCCCCUCCACCCUUACCCCAGUUGGUACCCGCUCCCCUCCGACUAAACCAACCCUCUCCGAAUGUGGCAAGUACGGCCGCCAAUGUCGUGUUCCCGCGGGCCGGGGCAGCAGCAGCCCAGCCGGUGGACCAGCCAGAAAACAAGAAGAAGAAAGGAAUAUUUUCGAAACCAAAAAACCUCGUGCUCAGCCGAGAGAAGUCGGAUCCUUUCACUCGGGACCGUGGGCUGCCUUCACCGAGCAAGAUUGGCAAUGGUCUUUCGCGCAUGGUCAGCGCGUCUGCGGCUAGCUUGGCUGAUUUGCCCUCGAAUAACUCCUCCAUGUAUAACCUGUCCAAUGCCUCGGUCAGUACCGUGGUGCCGGCUGGAGACAAAGCUCCCACGGCACCGGAGAAAGACAGCAAGGAUAAGGAUAAACACAAGCAUCACUUCUUGUCGCGGCAGAAGCUCAAGUUGAAGGAUCGCGACGAGCACCUGAAGCUGCCUCUAUCCUCUGCGUCGAGUAAUUCUCGUCCUGCAGACCCGAAUGCACCGCAAUCACUCUAUUCUUUCACGGGUCCUUCAUCCCCGGCUCCUGGUGCCACGUUUGGUAAAUCCGUCAGUGGGCUGGAUCUGCUACAUGGCGGAAGAGCUCUGCGCGAAAAGAAAAAGGAAGAAAAAGGAAAGGAGAAGGCGCUUGCGGAAUCCGAGCAUACCGAAUGGCUCAACAACACAGUGGCGGGUGGUAAUGCCGCUGCCGCCGUCUUUACUGGGCCUUCAUCUUUGAACAGCUCGUCUGGUGUGAUGGGGGAGGCGGUGCUACGAGAAACUUUGCAAGGGUUCGGACUUAACAAUAUGUCUCCUGAAGAUGCAUGGGACUUUCUCAAAGCGAAGUUGCUGGUCAUCUUUGAUGGCGAGGAUGUGCGAAUUGCUAUCGAAGACCUCAAUAAGCUUGUGCUGGUACAUCUACAACGCUGCGUACAAAAACGCACCCCUACAUCCAUUAUUGCAGAUCUUCAGGAACUCCUUGAAACGGGCUUUGCGACACUCAAUCAUAGUUCCCUGGUUGGAAUCCCCGAUGAAAAGCUCGUCCCUCAUCUAGUUCAAGUAUGGAUGCUGGUAUUUGGUACAAUUCUCCCCUUCAUCCAGGCUGUCUUCCUACCCUUGGACCUCGAGUUCAAGGGAGUCGGCUCCUUGAUGACCCCUCGUGAAUCUCAUGAAUUCUGGGGGUCACUACCGGUCGGCGGAUUUCUGGACGUGCGCAACAUAGUCCUGAUCGCCUUCCGAGACCGCAUGAUCCUAAAUCGCUACGAAACCCUUAAGCAGACGUUCUCCCGCCUCAGCCUUGACAGUAUCAACACCGGAUUCCCAACACUAAGCGUGACAGCCAAGAGCACCGGCACUGGUGGCCGACCUGGCACCGCCGCCUCCCUCGAUGCAGGCCUCGGCAGCUACAACUCCCAGUCCUCAACAAUGCUCAGCACUGCCGCAAACAGUUAUUCCUCUGACUCCAUGAGUAUCUUGGCCCACACAAACACAAAUUACCGACCUGGAAGCAGCAACUCCCGCAGCCGCGCAACAUCCAAUACUUCUUCCAAUCCGGACCCAAUGAUUUUCUCAUCCCUUUCAUCCCCGCCAACCUCGAACCAGCGCCCAACGAUCAUGCACCGCGCCGGCUCUGCAGAUUCAUCACACGUGAUCACCGAAACCGUAGGCCGCAUGCUCCAAUGCGUCAGUGUCAUCUCAAGCGUCCAAACAGGCGAUGCAUCGCAGGAUAGAAUUGAGAUUCUCAGCAAAGCUCUCAAACACAACUGGCUCGGCCGGGGCCGUACAGGCCGUGACCGCCGUGGCUUCGUUGGCGCCAAGAUUCGUCCCAUAAUGGUCGGUGGCGCCAUGCCAUCGCUCAUGGAUGACGGGGACUCCCUUACGACGGCGGGAAUAAGUAUUGGUGCUAGCACCAGUACCGGUGGUUCCCGUGCUCGUGGAGAUUCCUCGUCUUCGGAGUGGAGUGGACAGGGUACUGGUACUGGCAUGAGCAUGCGGAGUGGGAACAGUGGACGGCGAGAACUGAGCGUCCUUUGA